CGGAGAUUAGCGGGCCCCGCUGCGUAUAAGACAAACGGGGAAUAAUGAGAACGAGGUCAUCCAUCCGCGACGCCGACACGGAGGCGACAGGAUCACAAGGCAUCUCUGGGGACGAGUGUUUCGCGAUUUUAAUACAAACCCCCCACGAGACUUAAGCCCCCUCGAUUAACAUUAAAGAAACAGAGCCAGGCUAGAAGGUGGGUCGCCGGACAAGAACACGUGGAGAGCCAGAAGCGCGUGGGCCAUGGGAGGGAAACACCGCCGCAUUGGCGGAGAAGUCGGGUGGCGAGUUGGGUCGGGUGAGGAGAACUAAAGGGAACAUCCCGGACCUACGCCUUUCUGUCGAUUAGCUUCCAUUGGUUUCUUCUCUUUCGUUCUCACUAUAAAGGUCGUCUUCCUUCGCCACCGCUUUCCGCCCCUUCCCUUCUCGUUCUAGAUUUAAGAUGUCGAGCCGGAGGAACAGGGUCUCGGAGGAGGAGAUCAAUGAGCUCAUCUCCAAACUUCAGUCUCUCCUCCCGGAAACCCGCCGCCGGGGCGCUGGCCGGGCGUCCGCGGCGAAGUUGCUGAAGGAGACGUGCAGCUACAUCAGGAGCCUAAACAGGGAGGUGGACGACCUCAGCGACCGGCUCUCGGGGCUCAUGGCGACGCUGGACAGCAACAGCGCCGAGGCGGAGAUCAUCCGGAGCCUGCUCCCCUCCUGAUUCAGAUUCCUGAUAGUGAGUUAGGACUUACUCCAGACGUAAAGAUAUAUGUAGUGUACGUACCUCUGUUCUGAAAGCCUAGGAGUUAGGAAGACGAAGCUAGCAGCGAUUUUCCUUACUCGAAGCCUGAUUCGAGUUGUUUUCUCUGUAGACAACCGACCGACACAUCUGCUUAAAAAAAUCAGUAAUGCUUCCCAUGUAAUCGAGGUUCGAGAUGUAGUGUCGUAUUUUACUAUCCACUGUCCGUCUCUUGUUCUUA